GGGGCUUAUGACUAGGACGCUCCCGACGCGAGCACAGUCAUUCGAAUCCAGUAUUAGUGCGGUGUAGAGUGCUCGGUGUUUUGUAAUCCACUUACGAAUUCUUCUUUCUCUUUUCUUCUGCGUUUCUCCGUCUGUUCCUUUCUGUUUCUCGCGCGACUACGAUCGAUUAGUGUGUAAAAAUGCCUUUCAAGCCCGUGGAACAUCCAAAAUGCCCCAAAUGUGGCAAAUCCGUUUACGCUGCAGAAGAGCGGGUUGCCGGUGGACUGAAAUGGCACAAAAUGUGCUUCAAGUGCGGUCUUUGCGGCAAACUGCUCGACUCGACAAACUGCUCCGAGCACGAGGGCGAGCUGUUUUGCAAAGUCUGCCACGCCCGCAAGUUCGGCCCUAAGGGCUACGGCUUCGGUGGCGGAGCUGGCUGCCUGUCCAUGGACCAAGGCGAGCAUCUAGCGAAGGACGAGGAAUUUUCGCGAGGUUCGAAUGCUAUUCUCGAGCCGCGGGCUAUCGCCAAAGCGCCCGAGGGAGAGGGAUGUCCUCGCUGCGGAGGGUACGUUUAUGCCGCCGAGCAGAUGUUGGCCCGUGGACGGGCUUACCAUAAACUGUGCUUCAAGUGCAAAAUGUGUCGCCGUACUCUGGACUCGACGCUUCAUUGCGAUGGUCCUGACCGCGAGAUAUACUGUCGAGCUUGCUAUCCGAAGAAAUUCGGUCCGCGGGGUGUCGGCCACGCCGGGAUUAUGUGGAUCGGGCUGCAGUGCGAUAUUGAGGACGAGGGCGAUGCGGCUCCUCGCACCACCGUGAUCGACACCGCGAUAAUCAAGGCACCGCCCGGCAAGGGCUGUCCCCGCUGCGGUGGCGUCGUCUUCGCCGCCGAGCAGGUGCUCGCGAGCAAGGGCCGCGAGUGGCACCGGAAGUGCUACAAGUGCCACGACUGCACCAAGACCCUGGACUCGAUCAUCGCCUGCGACGGCCCGGACCAGGAUGUUUACUGCAAGACCUGUUACGGGAAAAAGUGGGGACCGCACGGAUACGGAUUCGCAUGUGGCUCGGGAUUCCUCCAGACCGACGGGCUCACGGAGGAAGAAAUUUCGGCCAGUCGACCUUACUACAAUCCUGAUACGACCUCGAUUAAGGCGCCAGCUGGGCAGGGUUGCCCCCGUUGCGGUGGCAUGGUGUUUGCCGCUGAACAACAGCUCGCCAAGGGCACCAUGUGGCACAAGAAGUGCUUCAAUUGUGCCGAGUGCCACCGACCCUUGGACUCCAUGCUGGCGUGCGACGGCCCCGACAAGGAGAUCCACUGCCGCGCGUGCUACGGAAAGCUCUUUGGGCCCAAAGGCUUCGGGUUCGGCCACAAACCGACUCUCAUCUCGACGAACGGAAAUCAGGCCCCCUCGUACAUGGACUCCAAGCCCCAGGUCGGCCAGAAGCGAAACGACGGGCACGGUUGCUCGCGCUGCGGCUACCCGGUGUACGCCGCCGAGCAGAUGAUCUCGAAGAACCGCGUCUGGCACAAGCGGUGCUUCAGCUGCGGCGAGUGCGGCCGUUCCCUAGAUUCGACGAACUUGAACGACGGCCCGGACGGGGACAUCUACUGCCGCGGCUGCUACGGCCGGAACUUUGGGCCCAAGGGCGUCGGCUUCGGAAUGGGCGCGGGCACCCUCACGAUGGCCUAAUUGCCAGGCCCAACCCCCUUCACACGCCGCUCGAGGAACGCCCUCGAUCCCAGUCUUAUAUAUUAAUGUAAAUACAUCUAUAUAUAGAGGCGUCUGACUGUGUAUCCGACGACAGACGAACGCGCUGCUCCGGGAAUUUCGAUUUCUCCUUUCCUAGCUUAUACGACGAUUCGAUAAUGUCGAUGACUACACUUUCAUUAUCGCGAAUAGUGGCGCCGUAGUGGAGGGAUGAUGGUGUCCGUUUGACUCCACGGUCGACGAAGCACGGACCGCGCACGGAUAAGCCACUGCGGGCUCUUGAUAAUAUUGCGAUGUGAAAUCGCGCAUUGAUCGUAUUACGGACAAAUUCAUUAUUGAGCUCGAUCAUUUAUUUAUUCGUUGUACGAGCCGAGGCAGAAAUUUGUCGUUUUAAUAAUGACACUAGUGACCCUCCUCGCUCCGAACGUUUGACGUUAAAGGGAUUAGAACUUGCGUUUAGAAAGAUAUAAAAGUGUGAAUAAUCCGUUUUAUGUAUCAACCUAGUGAACACCAAGUGACAUAACAUCAAUGGUGUUCAUUGGGAAUUAAUGUCCGAUAGGUACAUUAAUUUUUGUGAAACGUCUAUAAAGUCUUUGCCUUAA